AGCAAAGAUGGCGACAGAGCAGCAGAAGCACCAUCAGAUUGAUGUGCAAGCCAAGCUGGCUGUGCUUCGGUCCAUCAAUGUGGACACGGUGGACGGCUGCUCGGCUCAAUGCCAGAUGUCCGACGGCACCUGGCAUGAAGCAGAGAUCCUUGCGCACAAGUUUGUCAAAGGGCUUCGCAAGUACUACGUCCAUUACAAGAAAUUCAACAAGCGACUGGAUGAGUGGGUGCCAGAGACACGGGUGAAGAUCCAAGAGCUCAAGGCCCCAGAGCCAAAGAAGGAUGACAAGAAGCCACCGGGCAAGAACAAGAAGAGGAAGCAAGCAGAGACAAAGACACCAAACAAGAAGCCAUCCAAGGAUGGAUCGGAGAAGAAGAAAUCCCAACCAACCGGCAGCUUACGGUCGUCAACCCACGACCACGGAGUUGCGCGGAUCAAAAACCUGGAGGAGAUUGAGAUUGGUGACUGCCGAGUCAAACCGUGGUACUUUUCACCCUAUCCUGAGUGCUUGUCGGAGGUCGAGGUUGUGUACAUUUGUGAGUUUUGCUUGAAAUACUGCAAGGACGAGUACAGCUUUCGUCGGCACAAGAGCAAAUGCACGCUGCGCCAUCCGCCGGGAACAGAAAUCUACAGGAAGGACAAUCUGCAGUUCUUUGAGCUCGACGGCCGCAAACACCAGACGUAUUGUCAGAAUUUGUGCUUGCUGUCAAAGCUGUUUCUGGAUCACAAGACGGUCGAGCUUGAUACCCAUCCGUUUCUCUUCUACGUGAUGUGCAAAGUUGAUGAAUACGGCAGCCACAUUGUUGGCUACUUUUCAAAGGAAAAGGACUCUGACGAGAACAACCUUGCCUGCAUUCUUACCUUGCCGCAAUAUCAGCGCAUGGGCUUUGGCAAGCUGUUGAUUGAGUUCAGCUAUGCGCUAUCGCAAGAGGAAGGCAAAGCCGGCGGUCCAGAGAAACCCCUGUCAGACCUUGGACUGCUCAGUUACCGCAGCUACUGGUCCCAGGCCAUUCUUGAGCUCCUGCGCGACACAACAGAGCCCAUCAGCAUCGCUGACAUUGCUGAACUCACCAGCUUACUCACGCUACCCUUUUAA